CUCUACCGUCCCCUCCCCCUUGCGACCUGAGAGUAGCCCAUCGCCAACAGGUCCACGUGCCAUUUCAGCCGUCACACGAAACUGCUGCUCGUUUUUUUCUUCUUUUUAAGACGAUCCGCAAUCAUAGCUAUGUUGUCAUAACCAGCUGUCUCCUACCUGCUUUAGCUCCCGUCCCGUCAUCCGAAGUUGGCACGCCGCCACAUGAUCCCAACAUCCAUCACCAAAGUCAAAAAACCUCAUUUGACAACUCCCCAACUCAUCGCUUAUUUUCCUCGGCGCAAGGUCGAUCUCUCCGAGCCUCCACCUCUCGGUGUUUCGCUUUCCCUCUAAUUCAUCUCCAAGGAGAUAUGGACUAAGCGUUGCUUCAACGUCUUUCCCUACUGCAAGUCAGCCUUGCACCUUGUCGUCUUUGCCGGAUCUAUUCGAUAAGUGGCAUCGGCAGUUCUAGCCAACAUGUUGCCCUUCAUUCAUAAGCCUUUCGAGCUUCUUGCUUCGCGCAUCGGCGCAUCUCCGGACGAACUCAAGCUCGUCUUCUCGUUCCUCAUAUCAUACCCGUUAGCUGGCUUGCUCAAACGAGUUCCCGACUCCAGGCCUGACCUCAAAAACCUCUUCAUAAUAAGUACCUCCACUUUCUAUCUAGUCGGCCUUUUCGAUUUGUGGGAUGGAGUGCGCACCCUUGCCAUCGCCUCUGCCGGCAUCUACAGCAUUGCCAAGUACAUGCGCACCAGCCCAUUCAUGCCAUGGGUCGGCUUCACGUUUCUCAUGGGCCACAUGUCCAUAAGUCACAUCGCUCGUCAAGUGGCCAAUAGCCCGUCUUCCGUCGAUAUCACUGGCGCCCAGAUGGUGCUUCUGAUGAAGCUUAGCGGUUUCUGCUGGAACGUCGCGGACGGUCAGCUCCCGGACGACCAGGUAUCCGAGUACCAAAAGGAAAGAAGACUGAUCGAGCUACCCAAUAUUAUGGACUAUGCUGGAUACGUACUCUUCUUUCCUUCGCUCUUCGCCGGACCUGCUUUUGACUACACCGAUUAUCGCAAAUGGAUAGACACCACAAUGUUUGACCUUCCGGCCCAGGUCGACCCCUCAAAGAAGCCUCCUGUCAGAAAGAAGAGGAAGAUCCCUCGUAGUGGAACACCUGCUACUUUGAAAGCUGCCAGUGGUCUCGGGUGGAUUGCGCUUUUCAUGAUUCUCUCUGGUUACUACCCAAUCACCUACUUAACGAGCCCUUCGUACAUGGAUCAUGGGUUUUUCCACAGGGUAUGGAUUCUUCACAUGGUCGGAUUUACCGCUCGUUUAAAAUACUACGGAGUCUGGUGCUUGACCGAGGGCGCUUGUAUCUUGGCCGGCCUGGGCUACAAUGGCGUUGAUCCCGUCACCGGUAAAGUGUCGUGGAACAGGUUGCAAAACAUCAACCCCUGGGGUGUCGAGACGGCCCAGAACACGCGCGCCUACCUUGGCAACUGGAACAUCAACACCAACAAUUGGUUGAGGAACUACGUAUACCUUCGGGUUACGCCUGUUGGAAAAAAGCCUGGAUUCCGCGCCAGCCUUCUCACGUUCAGCACUAGUGCCCUUUGGCACGGCUUUUAUCCCGGCUAUUACAUGAGCUUCAUCCUAGCCAGCUUCAUCCAAACUGUAGCCAAGAACUAUCGCCGCUACUUUCGCGCCUUUUUCCUCGACGCGACCAGCGGUGCGCCCACUUCCAACAAGUUCUACUACGACGUCCUCUCGCUCUUCGUUACUCAAAUCGGCAUGUCCUUCGUUGUCACCCCAUUCCUUGUUCUAGAGUUCUCCGGCUCGGUCCAGGUGUGGGCUCGUGUCUACUUCUAUACCAUUGUCGGCACUGCGCUUUCCAUGGCCUUCUUUGCCUCUCCGGCAAAACAAAUCCUUCGCAAGCAACUCGAGGCACGUCAAGGCAUAGGCGGUGCCAAGCUGACCCGUACCUUGAGCCAAGACAGUCUUUCAGGCCGGGAACCGGUCUUGGGUGUGUCGGCGGACCCUCAGCGAGAGAUCGACGAGGCUAUGGAGGAAAUCAAAGCCGAGGUGGAAGCCAGACAAAGAAGCAAAGCUGCUUGAAGAUCGCGAAAGGGCGGCGUCUUUGCAGACAAUUGUUCCCGUCUCCAUCUUGAGCGGCCCUCGUUCCUGCAUAUAUAUGACAACAGCGUUAAUGGGUACAGAGUUGUUGUCAAAGUCGUGAAGUGGGCGAGGCAUUGGGUUGUAAGAAGCCCUCCAAGGGCAGGUCAUUAGACAUUGCAGGCUAUGCAGAUCUAAAACUAAACCAUUAU